GAAGUUCCAAAACGGCUGGGGCACUGGAGGUUCUCCCUUCCCCCCACCACUGCCCAGAGAAUAGUAUACGUUCAAUGAUAGUUGUUAAUACGAACACAUACUUUCUUCAUUGGGCUGUUAACUAAGAGCGAAUAAAGACUACUAUUAGCAGAGCGUCCCGUAAUAGAGCACCAAGCACACCUAUACUACUUAGAGCUAACACUCCACCACAACCCUUGAGCGCUGCUCUCCUCUUCUCUCUUCUGACCUCUUCUGCCCUCUACCACCACCUCCUAACUAUUCCCUGAUCUGCCGCGGCUAUCACAGAAUCCACCCGAAACGCGUCGCAUGUAAACACAACACAUCUCUUCCUAUGAACGAUAAAGAAAACGAGGACCCGCUGGCGGCAGCCAUGGCAGACAAAGCAAGGAACCCCUCCAAGAGCAUCCUCAAGGACAACACGCUCCCCAUUCCCGCCAACAAACGACGGGUCUCGUUUGCCCCCGAGGUGACUCUCCACAAGUUUGAUUUCGUACCCUACUCCGACCCCAAACGACGCAAGACCAUUGCAGAGCCUCCCAGCAGUCAGGACUACUCGAGCAGUGAGGCCGAAGAGGGCGUUUUGCCAGCAGAUGACGGUUUGGAGCUCCUCCAGGACAGCUCGGACCUCGAGGAAGAUGACAGCUUCAGCAAGCUCGAGAAUGAGGCUGAUUUGGUGGUGGAUUCAUUACGCCAGUACCACAACGGACCUGAAUCUGAAGAUGAACACCCAGAAGGAGCUACAUCGGUGCCAGGUGCUGAAAGUGUGCCAGAAGAGGAACAAACCAUGGAAUUAACCGGGCAAUUCACCGCUAGUUUGGAUCACCCUGCAGUGCCCACCGCCUGGCCAUCAUUGCAUCUGGAAAGUGUGGACAACGAGGAAUUAACAAUGGAAUUAACAGGUCAGAUAAGUGUCAAUACCCUCCUGUCGCCAGGUCCACAGCCAGUAGCCACCACAGAACCGGGUCUGUCCAGCUCAGAUGAAGAUGCAGAUGAAGAAAGCGAUAUGGAAUUGACGGGUACCCAAAGAGUCGAUCCAGCCAUCCCAUUGGAGCUUAAAAACACCGAUGAUGCCCAAGAAAUCACCAUGGACAUCACCAAUGUUCCCAUGACUUUUCCUGACGAAGUCACGAUGGAUAUCACCAAUAUUUGGUCGGUUACAAAAUCAACCACUACCCAGAUAGAAACCACACAACCUUCAAAUACCCCCAUAAUCCCUGGGGCGGAUCCAGUAGCAGAACCACAAGAAUUGUCAACUGAAUCCUCUUCAAAGAUCGAAAAUAAUGUUCAUUCCCCACAAGACGACCCUAAUACCAGCACAUCAAACAACCAAGAAUUGAACUCUAAGUUGGAAUCGUUGAAGCUCGCCAACUCCUUGGAGUCCCCAAAGAAAAUUAUACCGCCAGAAUCCCAUCCUGACCUAGAGGAUGAAGAACAAACUAUGGAGUUUACACAAGUAGCUGGUACCAUAUUGGUACCCCAAGACUCUGCUGAACCUGCUAUGGACCUUACACAAGUCGCCUCUACAAUAAUACCCAACGAGACACUUGUACAUAAGGAUACCAUGAAGGAAACCGAUGAAUCAAACAUAACUGAGAAUGAAGGCAAAGGUUCCAAAGAACAGGUUUUUGAACCCAACACAGCCACUUCACCUGAACGUAGCGACCAGGAAAAUGUGGCAAUUGUUGAAGCCUCGCCUAUUAAACUGCAUACGUCCUCCGUGACUUCUGAUGGACUUCAUGAACCAGAGGAGAAAGAUCCUUCAAAGAACAUCCAAUCUCCUUCAUCACAAUCUAGUGACUAUGGGUCGCAACCAAUGCAACUCACUCAAGAGAAUCAAGUCUUAUCAAAACCAAAAAUUGAUGAGCCUGAUCAAAAUGAAGCAAAUAUUUCCACUGAAAGUAUCCAACAAAGGUUGAUAACUACCACAACAAAAGUUCCUUUAACUGAUGCGGAUGCAAUUGAAAAUUCUCAAGAAGAUGAGGAAUACGAAGAUGAUAAUUACGUCCCAGUGACUUUGAAUCAAUUUAUGCAAGAUAUUGGGAUCAAAUUUUACGAUGACUUAGAUAUUGAUGUUUACUUAACGAAGAGAAUAAGUAUCACCACAAAUAGCAUCGAUGAAGAGGAUUCCAAACUCUCUGAUUACAUGCGGGCAUAUUCAAAGUUGGAACUUCUUGCUCUAUACCAAUUCAGCUGCGAGGAAUUGAGCAAGAAUAUCCAAGAAGGGAAAAAGGUAUUCUCGGAGUAUAAUGCUAUGAUAGAAUCCAAUAACCCAGCUUUGUUUCGGGAGUACUACUCAUACAACUUUCAAGAAAGAGCUGGUAUGAACGUCAAGUUGCAGCUUAUCAAAGAUUUUACUCGGCAUCAGUCAAAGGUCACAUGGUAUGCAUGGAGAAAACAGUUAACUGUGAAUUUGAUCCAAGAACUUGAGACCAAGUAUAAUGCACUUCUAGAGGACAAGGUUAAUUUCACUCAGGACAUCACACGCGUGGAUGAAAUAUACAAUAAGGCCUUGAAGGUCUAUGCUUCAUCAAAAGACAAACUAAAAAGCUUAGUGAGACUCAAAGGACAGUUGAAUGUGUUGGAUAUCCAGAAGCUUCAGGAAUUGAAAAGCAAUUUGGCAAAGUCGUCUACUGAGCUAAUCCAGCUACAAAAGGAUAUCAAGUUGAAAACUCAGAGUUUAAAUGAUCUUGAAACUAGGAUUUCAGAGAACGACAGAAUAAGAAAGACUUUAGCAAGUGAAAUACUAGCAGAGGAAUCGAUUGUAAACAACAACAGAAAAUACGAGCUUGAAGAAGUUAAGGUAUUGAAUUUGAAGUUCAAGAUCUUGCAACAUGUAUCCAGACUUCACUUUCACCCUGCCUCGGACUCUUUGCAUUUCUUGUUUGAUAGUUCUGCAUGGUUGAAAUUCCAAAAACGUUCAAAGGUUGAACAGAGCAUUAGUUUUAAACCCUUCAAGGACUUAAACCUUCAUAUUGAUUGGCUUUUUGAAUCUUUUGUUAAUCAAAAAGUAGUUCCGUCUAAUUUCCUGAAUGUGCAAAACUUCAAAUCAUUUGUGAAAUCAUGGAAUUCAUUCAAAGAGCUUGAUAUUGAUGUGUACAAGUUAAGUCUCAAAUACCCGAUCGAACCUAUUGUGUCAGGCCAAGAGUUGGCAUUCCAAUUGACUUAUUAUAAUACUUUGAGAGACUACAAGCUUCGUCUCAAGUUUACCAUUGAUUGGGCGCAGUUGACCGAUUAUUGGCAGCAGGCAAAAGUCGAGGGCCAUAUAAUCAGGAACAGGAAUGCUGUUGACGCUGCAAUUAUGAAAGAGGAUAUUUUGCAAGAACUUGGCUAUGCCAGCUUGAUUGAACAAACAGUCAUCGAACGCAUGAGUUUUGAUGAUCAGAAAUUUGAAUCUAUUUGAAGAUUUUCAAAUACAAUCAAGUAUGUAUUUUAGUGUAUAUUAUGUAAUAUA